AUGACAGAUCCAAUCUCCAGCCUUGUAGCUGCAUUUACUCUUAAUGAUAAUGCUCAUGUCGAUCUUGGCUUAGCCAAGGAAGCAGCGCUGCAGGACUCUCACCAUUACCUGGUGGGACAAUUGCUUACUCAGAAGCCAAAUCUGGUGGGAUUCAUUAGAUCGAUGCCCACCAUAUGGCGCAUGAAGGGGGGUCUUUCCAUCAAAGUGGUGGGGACUUGGUUUGUUUUCCAGUUUGUUCGAGAAGAAGAUCGAAAUCAUUAUCUGCACGGAGGCCCAUGGUUUUACCGUAACACUAUGUUGCUCUUAGCCCCGUAUGAUGGGAUCACUAAUGUGGAUUCAAUCCCCCUUCAUUCUCUGGAGUUGUGGAUUACUGUUCGAGGGCUUCCUCUGACACUUCAGAACAAGUUGUCCCUCUCCAUGAUCGGAUCUGCUAUUGGUAGGGUUUUAAGGCUUGACACGGUAGCCUUGAAGCGAAAGGAUGUGGAACAGAGGAUCAGGAUGGUUAUUGACACCAAGAGAAGGUUUAGGGUUUUCAGAAGUUUUUCUUUCUCCUCCUCGGUUGAAGUGGAUGUCACAAUCCAAUAUGAGAAAGUCCAGGGCUUUGUUGUGAUUAUGGGUUGUUUGAUCACCUAA